AUGAAGCCGGGAAAGCCAACACCGCCGCAGACGGUGUGGGGCUACCCGCCAGCGCUGGUAGCUUCCAACGAGCAUGUGAUGUGCCUGCUCCGCAACGGUCAUGCCCCGCGCUUGCUGCCAAGGUGUAUUUUACCGGCUGCUGUGUUAUUUCCUCCUAAAUUGAAAACGACGGCUGGAGUAUAUGGUGGCGGGCGGGCGGAACCUCUUCGCACUGCUCCCGGAGGCGUCAAGGGCGUCAAGCCCUCUGUCGUGAUCGAAUCGGGCUCCCAGGUUCAGUCCCAUCUUCCCUUUGCUCCCUCACUGCGCAAUUUCUCUCCUAUCUGUCGAGAUUUACUAUUAUGUCUCUCUACUGCUAUUCUACUGAAUUGUGUUCUUGGAGCAUCAAAGCCAAUUGCUUUACUGCAAUGA